AUGACGGCCACAUUGGUAGCAUGUCCUGAUGUCCGGCUCCGCCAGUGUCCGAAUCAAGUAUAUCAGACCUCAAUGUCAAGCACGCAGCUGACCAAACUGGGAUCGAAUCAUACAGACAUUAAGGUGCAAGAAGCAUCAUGGAGUGACGCGCGGUCGGCCGCCGUUCAUCCUCCUGCAUCACGGAGUGUUUCCAUUCAAACUCUCGGAAGUGCUGGCAAUCCGUUCAGCAGUAGCGGGUUGCGUGGUAGAUUGAAAUCUCCGACGAUUGUGGUACAGGACUUGCGCUUCGGGCUCAAAAUCAUUACGAAGACGGUGUUGCAGAGCGAUGUCCUGUUUACGGCCCGAUGGACCUGGACCAUCGUCAGAGCCGUUCAGACUUAUACAGAUCCGAGCCUAAUACAGUCUGUAAUUGAGCCAACCGCAAUCGACACAAUUACCACCACCACCAGUACUACAAUCACCAUUACCAUUGCCACCCGCGCCGCUUCAAUUUCGGCUCGCCAGAAGGAGUUCUCUGGGCGAAACCUAUGGUCUCAUGCGAUGUUAUGGGAUCUCUAUGAGACAGACGUGGAGAGGACGGACAAGAAGGAGCAGAAGGAGGUAAAGAAGGAAGAGUAG